AUGGAUUAUCUGGACGUAAAAGACCAGCUAGAGCUCGCGUCUUCGAACGUGUUUAUGGGAGAGAUGUUCAAGAGGUACGCAAGCCAUCGGUACAAACAUAUGAAUGAAUCGCUCACGAUAAGGAUUGGCGACACACCAUAUCUGCAGAAACUGUUGCAGAUUGUUGGCGAGAAUCUGGUAACCUAUGAGCAACCAUUGACUUUCGUUCAAAAUAUAUUCCACCUGGAGGACCAUUGUAGGAAUGUAAAAAAUUUGAAAAUGGGUUUUGACCUGAACUCGAUAGAAUGGCCCCAUCUACUCAGCUUCAAAAAGAUCAAAUCUUUGGACACUGAAAUAUGGUCAGACCAUGCACUACAAGAAGACAGAGAUAAGUUGUAUACGGAAUUUGUAAACAUUCUCAAGCAUUUGCCGUGCCUAAAGAAACUGAAGUUGAAGGCUGUCGAAUAUAACGGAGGAGGAUUGCAUUAUCUUGAACAGCUGGAAUCUCUGGAGCUGGAUGUCCAUGAGGAUUUCGAUGGCAAGAACUUGGAGUAUUGCUGCCAAACGAUAAAGCAACUACGCCAUCUGGACAUUGCACAUACUAGAAACCUCACUAAGAACAAUUUUGAAAUUCUGGUGACGAACUGGCAGCAGCUGGAACGUCUGGCCUUUUCUGUACAGUGCUUCGACUCAACGAUGCCCUAUGAGCUGGUCUGCCAGUUGCCCAGGUUACAACAUUUGCAGGUGGUGCAUGACGGUUCUGUACGCGACUCGUUAAUCGAGGGAUUGAUCAACAAAAAGGGCUCUCCUCUGGAAAGUCUUAUCCUGGGACCAGACAAGUUGUCCGUUGAUCAGGUUAAACGUCUUUGCAAUAUUUCUACACUCAAGGAACUCGAAGUAGCCUGCGACACCGUCCCCUUGGCGGACUUACUGAAGCUGAAGAACCUUCUAUACCUCCACAUAUCCAUGCCAAUUACGAAUGACCAUGUUCUAGACCUUCUAAAGGGGCUUCCGCUCCUAAAGGUUCUCAAUAUACAAGUUUACGAUAUGAUAAACAAAGAUAACUUAGUGGAUAGUGUUCGUACCUGGGUGAGCGAACAGAAGGAGCAGCGUGGGAAGAUACAAAUCUAUUUCGAAUUCUAUAUGCGCGAUAUUUUGUAUGCUAAUCAUUUGGUUGAAAUCAAAAUUGAUUGCUUAGAUCCCAUAUUAAUAAACAAAGAACUUAGUGAACGAGUUUAG